ACAGCUUGGAGAUGGCUGCUGGAGCACACCCCUGUUCUGCACAGCGAGAGCCACCCUGAGCCCUGGCAAAUCCCCUGUGCUUGGUUUCUCCCACUGAAUGAUCUUGGAAUGAGGAAGAACGUUACCAGCAAAAUAGUAAAUGGUUUAUCAAUCUGAACUGUUAUCCAGCUGAUUCAACAAAAAAGCUUCUCUUUGACCACAACACGAGGUAAGAUUAUCUGGAAAGCUACAGCAAAGUUGUUUUGACCAUUCUGCACACAUUAUACAAGAUGAGGAAAUGCUUUGGGGUGUUUGCUCAGAGAGGCAAUGAGAAUCCAGAGAGAGGAAUUAUACGAGGAAACACAGGGAUCAUGGAGAGACUGGCAUCCACACUCCAGCGGCAGAGCCCCUGGAACAUCAUGAUCAAGCACCGGCUGGUGCAGCGGCGCGGGCGGCGCUCCCAGAUGACCACCAGCUUCACGGACCCGAGCGUGUCCAUGGACCUGCUGCGCGCCGUGCUGCAGCCCAGCAUCAACGAGGAGAUCCAGGGCAUCUUCAACAAGUACAUGAAGUUUUUCCAGACGGCAGCAAUCAACGUGCGUGAUAAUGUUGGGGAGGAGGUGGACCCAGAGCAGCUCAUCCAGGAGACCUGCAGGAGCUGCCUGGAGCAGGCCAAACUGUUGUUCUCGGAUGGCAAAAAGGUGGUUCCCAGGUUGCCCCACGAGCAGGCAGUGCCAAAGCGUGCCCGACAGAUGGAUGAGGAGCUGAGCCGCCGAGGGAGCCCCAUUCCAAAAAAGAGGAAGGGGCGGCCUCCAGGACAGAGCCUGUCAAAUGACCGCGGAGUCUCAGGCAUGGCAGCGUGGAAGCUCAAAGUCUCUGAGCCUGUGAAAAGGGAUGGACCAAAGUGGGAUCCAUCCCGACUGACUGAAACCACAACCUUUGUGCUGGGAUCUCGAGCAAACAAAGCUCUCGGGAUGGGAGGAACAAGAGGGCGACUCUACAUCAAGCAUCCCCACCUCUUUAAGUACGCUGCCGACCCGCAGGAUAAGCACUGGCUGACAGAGCAGCAGCACAUGAGGGCCAUUGGGGGCAAGAUGGCCUACCUCCUCAUCGAAGAGGACAUUCGGGAUUUGGCCGCCAGUGAGGAUUACAGGGACUCUGUUGACCUGCGGCUGGAAGAGCUGAAGCCCUUCAUCCCUCCAGCCUGGAUGACUGAGAAGAUGCAGAAGCACAUGGAGACGCUUCGCCGCGGGGGGGAGGUGCCGCCCCCCGAGGACCCCCCCGAGCCCUGAUGUCCCCCAAUAAAGCCGCUUCGUUCCCAC